UAUUUUAAUCGAUAACGAUAUAAAUAGAUUUCAAAAGAUAUUUUACAAGACGCAAUGCAUUUUUGCAUUACAAUCAGAACAGAAAAGACAAAUGUAUAUUAUUCUUUUAAUUUACCUUUGUUGUAUUUUAACGCAAACAAAAGGAUCGCAACGUAUAAUAGGAGGUACGAAAGUCCCUCCCGGUUUCGGAAGGUUUCAUGCAUCGCUCCAAGACCUUUCUGGACAUCACAUCUGUGGUGGUGCAAUAAUAUCACACAUGCACUUAGUGACUGCCGCUCAUUGUGUUAUUGGAGCUAAGGCAGAAUACAUAAAUGUUGUGGUCGGUACAACUGAUUUAGACAAAGGGGGAUUGAACUACCGAGUCAAAUUAAUACACGUACAUGAAAAGUACAAUAUAAGUCUUAAAUUAAAUGAUAUUGCAGUCUUGGAGAUUAAAGAAUUGUUCGAUUUGGAAAAGGUUGAAAUACUACGACUUGAUCAUAAGGAACUACAGGAACAUGAAAUUGUCCUUUUGACUGGUUUUGGAGCUAAAGAGCCACACGGAGAAUCCAGCCGUAGAAUGUACGCGUUGAAUUUAAAGGUAUUCAAUCAGGAAACUUGUCGAUUUGCAAUGCGAUACAAGAGAGAAGUAUUUGAUAGCAUGUUCUGCACAUUUACGAGAAUCGGUCAAGGGGGCUGUCACGGAGAUUCAGGAGGACCCUUGACUAAGGAUAACAAACUUGUUGGGUUAGUUUCUUGGGGAAUACCAUGUGCAGUUGGCUUUCCGGAUGUUCACACCAGGCUAUCGUCUUAUGUGAUGUGGAUAAAGAGUAUAAUAGAUAGAAAGCUUUGUAGUUAUUGCCGCCCAAGAACACUGAAAACCGCAAUGAAUUUUAAAACUUAUAAGAAAUACCUAAAUGAUGAUGACGAACUUCUAAUUACUCAAAAUGAUUGAUAAUGAUAAUACCAAAGAUAAAGAAAAGGUUCUACCUACUUAAUAGUAUCAGGCAUGGUGGUCGUUG